AAAAGGCUUAGAAAUAAUUAAUCCAUCAAAUAAUGUAAAUUUACCGAAACUAACAAUAAAUCCGAGUCCACCGAUGUCGCCGACAUCUAAGGUGGUCAGCUUCAACUCGCCGACGACCUCACCGUCAACUCCCGGUUCAAUUACAUCGUUUCCUCGAAGACUUUCCUCUAUAUUUCCCGCAUAUAUUAGACGAAAGUCUAACCGAAAAGACUCAAUAUUUACAUCAGAGUCAACCACAACGUUAUAUCCGUUUUUUAACGAUAAGUUACCCACACUUUGUGAAUAUACAGAUCCUAACAUUAAAAAUGAUGAAUCUUCGUCUACAUUUAAAUUUGGUUGGAUUAAUGGUGUCUAUGUCAGAACUGUUUUGAAUAUUUGGGGAGUUAUGCUGUUUCUCAGGAUGGGUUGGAUGACAGGACACGCCGGCAUUGCUCUGAGCAUUGUAAUAGUAUUGGUCUCAACACUGGUCACUCUCGGAACGGCUAUAUCGAUGUCAGCUAUUUGUACCAAUGGUGAAGUGGGAACGGGAGGAAUAUAUUAUAUGAUUAGUAGAAGUUUGGGUGCAGAGGCCGGGUCUAUGAUUGGUAUAAUCUUCUCGUUUGCCAAUGCAGUGCUCGUAUCGGCCAAUUUGGUCGGUGCCGCGGAAACGGCUGUUGAAAUCCUUGGAGCUAGCGAUAUACUUAUUACAAAUAAUGCUAUUAAUGAUACCCGACUUAUUGGUGCACUAUUGUUAGUACUGAUCGCUAUAAUACCAUUAAUUGGUAUGAGUUGGGAGGCUCGGGCUAUGCUAUUAUUAAUGGUUCUUUUAAUUGUGUCACUCAUCAACUAUUUUGUGGGAACUUUUCUUAUGACUGACGAUAAAUAUAAACAAGGAUUUGUUGGAUGGGAUUUGAAAGUUGCGACGGAAAACCUAAAGCCUAAGUGGGAUGGCGUCGGCUUUUUUGAAGUUUUCGGUGUUUUCUUUCCAUCAGUUAUUGGUAUAUUUGCCGGCGCCAGUAUGAGUGGAGAUCUAAAAAAUGCAAACGAUGCCAUACCUAAAGGCACAUUCCUGGCCAUCGCUACAACUUCUUCAGUAUAUAUCCUAUUAAUACUGUGCUUAGGAUUUACUGUAUAUCCAUACGCAUCAAAUAGUUUAUCCGAUGUUGACUAUAGUCAGCUCAAGUGUCUAAUCGACAAAACGUGUACUAAAGGACUGAUUAACGACUAUCAAACAAUGACAAUGUCCAGCGGUUACGGACCAUUGAUUUGGGUCGGCAUAUUUGCUGCAACAUUGAGCUCAGCACUGGGCUCGUAUGUAUGCGCACCCAGAAUAUUUCAGGCUCUUUGUGAAGACAAUCUGUUCCCAUACAUCAAGUACUUUGCCAAAGGUUAUGGAGAGAUAAAUGACCCGCGAAGAGGAUAUGUACUCACUUUUAUUAUCUCAUUGGCCUUUAUUUGUAUAGGAGACUUGAAUGCAAUCGCACCGAUAAUAUCCAACUUUUUUAUGGCUUCCUUUUCCUUAGUAAAUAUGGCGUGUUUUCACUCAUCGUUUGUCGAUUAUAUAUCAGCCAUAGUUACUGUUGUUAUAAUGGGUGUCAUAUAUCUAUAUAUGGCUAAAAAAGGACCUGAUGUAAGUUGGGGUUCAUCUAAAAAGACUCAUAUGUUUAACUCUGUGCUAACAUCAGCCAUAAAAUUGAAUCAAACUGAAGAUAGUAUCAAAGAUUUUAAGCCAUCAAUACUAUUGUUAACGGGAAACCCAUCGGCAAGAAUCCCGCUCCUCGAGUUUGCUAAUAAUAUAACCAAAAAUAGAAGCCUAUUAUUUAUAGCUCAUAUAAUAAACACAUCAAUCAGUUUACAGAUGAGGGAACAGGUCAUCAAUAAACAGUACGAAUGGAUGUCUAAAAGGCGUAUCAAAGGAUUUUAUUUAUUAAUGGAGUCAAACUCAUUGAAAGAUGGGUCCAAAAAUAUAAUCCAGGCAUCGGGUUUAGGCAGAAAAUUAAGACCAAAUAUUUUAAUGCUCGGAUACAAAAGCAGUUGGAAAGACUGUCUUCCGAGUGAUUUAAAUGAUUACUACAAUGUCUUACUAAUUGCAAUAGAGAUGGAACUGUCACUUAUGAUACUCAGAAUUCAAGAAGGAUUAGAUUUCGCUGACUUUUUUGAGUCAAGUUCAAAUUUAAAUACCGGUUUCACAAAUGCUUUGUCAACAAUAGCUGAGCCAAAUGAAAAUGGAGAAGACAUUGGAGGGACACAAGAAAAUGGCAAUAAAAAAGUUGAUAAUACUAUCGUUAAUAUCGACAAUAUUGACAAAAGCAAAAAGAUGGCUACUUUAAAAUGUCUUAUACCUAACGAUGCCGUUGAGGCUAUGAAUCAGUUUAAUAAAAAGCAAGAAAAAGGCACGAUUGACAUCUGGUUGUUGGCCGAUGACGGAGGGCUUACUAUUUUGAUACCCUAUAUAUUAAGUCUUAAUGAUAUCUGGAGAGACUGUCGGUUGAGAUUUCUGACGAUGGCUGCAAACAAUGAAAGCAUAACAGAAACGAAAGACAAUUUACUUCAACUAAUGUCCAAAUUGAGAAUUCCGUGCACUGAUGUUCUAGUGUUUGCUGAAUCCGAUUUGGAAAUUACCGAAAAAAGUGAAUUAAAGUUCAAUGAGAUUAUUACAAAAUUUAUUGUCAAAAAUGAUUUGAAGGCACCAAAUGAUAUUACAGUUACCAAUGAAGAAGUUGAGAGAUAUAAAGAUAGGACAAAUAAAUACUUAAAACUAAGGCAAUUAUUGAUUGAAAACUCUUCAAAUACUAUAUUAACUGUUAUGACUCUUCCGAUGGCAAACAAACAAAUAUCGGUAUCACUGUAUAUGUCAUGGCUUGAAGUGCUGACAAAUUUGACGGAUUCAGAAACGGAUUGCUUUUACAGAAUGCCUCCGUUUCUUCUCAUCAGAGGUAUUGGACAACGAGUUAUAAGUGUUUGA